AUGAAUUCAGAAGUGAACAAUCAGGCCAAUAAGUGGGUGAAUUUGCGCUCAGAAGUAUGUCAGGAUUGGGUCGAAACCACACUGCUGGUUGUGUGGGCGGCCGUAGAGGUUGGUGAGGGGAUAUCGUCGUCGUGGGAGUCAUAACAGGGAUGAGAGAUUGUUGAUAGAAGCGAACAGGCGAGUCCCAGGUAGCAGUUCAGAAGAUGAAGAUGCGAUCACUGGGACAAGAAGUUUAUUUGCCUGACGUUUCGGAUUCACACUCGAACCCAUCAUCAGAGACAUUCGCAGAUAGAGGUGAAGGUGGCACCAGGAGUGCAGUAUUUAUAGCACGUGGCUGCCGUGGGACCGUAUGCGCACUGCAAUUAACAGUUCUCACAAUCGCCGCUGGGGUCGUAAUUGAUGCGGCGGUGGCUUGGCGGUCCGAGUCCGAGUUGUUAAUUGCCGCGAUUUCGUCAUCCGUGCUCGAUGCUGGUGUGACGAUUGCUCGGCAAACUGGCUCACUGUCACCGUGAUAAUUGCUCACCCGCGCCCUCCCCACGUGACUGAUCCUCCUGCCCAGGGAAAAUCGCAAUACGGAAUAGGCCACCGGAAGGUCAUUGUGUUUGUUGAUGGAUUGCGGGCCUGAGAACCAUGACUCGAGCAGCUCGCGGCUCACGCGGUUGUCACCCCUUGCGAGGAUUUCGGCCUCUUGAAAUUUGAAAUUAUGGCCGGGUCCCGUCGAGUGUGCCGCCACCUGAGAGUUAGCGUCUCCCCGCCUCACUGCUGCUGCGUGCUCGGCAAGUCGCGUACGGAGUAAUCUCCCAGUUUCUCCGACAUAAUUGCUUUGUCCGCAACUACACCAGAUCCGGUAAACGACUCCAGACGUUUCCUGCCGUGGCAGCGGGUCUUUUGGCCUCAUUACUUGGCGCCUAAUGGUUGCUUCCGGCCUGUGUGCAACCCCAACUCCAAGUGGAGUGAGAAGACGACUGACGGCUUCCGAGACGUUCUUCACGUACUGAAGAGUCCGCCAAAAUUUGGGGCUAGUUGGAUUUGGUCUCUGGUGUCCUUUUCGUAUGCACUGGUUGACAAAGUUGCGCGGGUAACCAUUGGCUGUCAUUACCCGUCGAAGAUAUUGUAAUUCAGCAACCUUGUCUUCCAUUUCACUGCAGUGCGUCUCAACACGCCGGUAUAGCGCCCUUACGCAACUGCGUUUGUGACUGAUCGGGUGGUUGCUAUUGAAGUUCAGUAUUUGCGUCGUAUUUGUCGCUUUCCUGAACACUUUGGUUUUUAGGCCACCACAAUCUUUGCGGCAGACGAGGACAUCCAGGAAGGCCAGCUGAUUGUUUUCCUCCUCCUCCAUCGUAAAUUGAAUGUCCGGGAAGACGGCGUUGAGUUGUUCUUUGAAAGUCAGCACCUGAUCCCUUUCGAUGACGACGAAGGUGUCAUCCACAUACCGAGCCCAGAAUUUCGGUCUGUGGUGUCGGAAAACCAGCGACUCCAGCCGUUGAAGGACCGCCUCGGCUAUGAGUCCCGAAAUCGGCGAACCCAUUGGCGUUCCGUUCACCUGCUCGUAGAUUGUUCCGUCGAAUGUAAAGUACGUCUUGAGACAGAACUUCAGGAGCUGGAUGAUUUGGGCGUGUCCGAGGCGAUUCUCCGUUUCGUCCUACUUCUCUCGUAG